AUGUAUAUUUUACUUGAAAGAGCUAUAGAAGAAACACAUCAAGCCUUAGUUUAUCAUAUUAAAGUAAAACUAAAACAAAAUUCAAGACAUGUAAGAAAUGUUAAUAUUACAUUUAGUUGCACUGAAAGUCAAUUUUUUGGUGUUUUUAAGGGAUUUAUACAUAAUUAUUAUCCUAAAACUGGAACUUACAAAUGUAUAUUUAGAGGUGCUGAU